ACAUCAUCCGACUUGUAUAAAAGAUGUUGCAAAUCUACAAGGACUUAGAUCUCGCCAUCCCUGAGGGAGUCGAGGUCAGAAUCGACUCUCGUAUCGUCACCGUCAAGGGUCCCAGAGGAGAAUUGACAAAGGUAGGUAUCGUAGAUUGGAGAUGAGAGGAAUGUAUGAGAGAGGGUACUUCGACAAUGAAAGAUGGAGAGAUGGGAUGUGAGGCGGAUGGGAGUGUAUGAUACCGGUGUCUACAUGUGCAAUCUUCAAAGCUCGACAUACUUCGACUCUCUAAACAUUCAGAAACGACUUUUACGAAACAGUAUAACUAACAUCACUCUUGCUUUCUGCCUAUCUUUUGUCAAACAGAACUUGAAACACAUGAACAUGGAAAUGCGUGUGAUCAAGUCUCCCAAAGGUGACAAGGUCAAAUUCGCAAUCUGGCACGGUGGACGCAAGCACGUUGCCCAAUUGCGUACAGCAAAGGCAGCCGUCGCUAACAUGAUCAAGGGUCUACUUGUCGGAUGGCAAUACAAGAUGCGUGCCGUUUACGCACAUUUCCCCAUCAACAUCAUCAUUGCUGGUGAUGCCAAAUCUGCUGAAGUCCGUAACUUCUUGGGAUGCAAGCAAGUUUUCCGUGUCGCUAUGCGCAACGGUGUUACAAUCAAGGAAGACAAGUCCGCAAAGGACACAGUCUUGGUCGAAGGAAAUGAUUUGGACGAGGUUUCUCAAUCUGCUGCUGACUUGCACGGUGCAUGCUUGCCUGCUAUCCGUCGUUUCGACAUCCGGAAAUUCUUGGACGGUGUUUACUGCCAAGAGAAGACCACAAUUGUUAAGGCAGACGAGUAAGAGUUUCACUUCAGAAACAAUCAACGUUAUUCCCUGCCUUGUACGAUCAUCUCCUCGCCAACCUUUUUCGGUACGAUAUCUCUCGUCAUCUUUGUUCAUUAGCACUUUAUUACGCAACUAAUCCCUGCGUUCUUACGUAGACUUUACAUGUUUACACAUACAUACACACAUGAAAAGCAUAUCUAUGCAUCUUUGAAACAAACAAA